AUACCACUACUAGUACAGAUUAGGUGAAUUAAAAAUAAAAUAUAUCGACGGUUCACUAUACUGUUGAAUUUUUCGUUCGAUUUUGGGAAGCGUAAAUCGUAAGCAAACGAGGUAGAUAAUUUAUUUCGCAUUUUUUUCUCCUUUCCCCGCUUGGAUCGAAUUCGAUAUAUUCAUUCGUUCAUGUGUUUGCUGAAAUGGCGACGGGAAGCUCUCUCUCCUCAAAUGGCGUACUGUGGGGGCGGCGGAACCGGGGGGAGCAGGACGACGCUGGCGGCGGUGAUGGCCGCGAGGGCGCCGCGGCCGUCGUGGAUCCGCCCGGAGGCGGUGCGCGCCGCCGAGGCUGCCGCCCGCGAGGUGCUGCGGCGGGUGGAGCCCACGGAGGCGGCGGAGCGGCGCCGGCAGGACGUCAUCGGCUACCUCGGGCGGCUCUUCGGCACGGCCCUCGGCUGCGAGGUAAUUGCAUUUGGGUCAGUUCCUCUGAAGAGCUAUCUCCCAGACGGGGAUAUUGAUAUAACUGUACUUGGGAACACUGCUCUGGACAGCACUUACAUUAGUGAUGUUCACAGUAUACUUGAAUCGGAGCAGGAUAGCGGCACAGAACUUGAAAUAAAGGGUUUGCAAUUCAUCAAUGCUGAGGUAAAGCUCAUUAAAUGUGUUAUUGAGAAUAUUGUUGUUGACAUCUCGUUCAACCAAAUUGGUGGUGUCUCCACACUCUGCUUUCUUGAGCUGGUUGACCGUAAAGUUGGCAAAAAUCAUCUGUUUAAGAGGAGCAUUAUGCUAAUCAAGGCAUGGUGCUAUUAUGAAAGCCGCAUACUAGGAGCUCAUCAUGGACUGCUAUCUACUUAUGCGUUGGAAACACUUGUUCUUUACAUAUUUAAUAUAUUUCACAAAUCUCUGCACGGCCCCUUAGAGGCUUUGUACAAGUUUUUGGAAUAUUUUAGCAAGUUUGACUGGGAAAAGUAUUGCAUUAGUCUAAAUGGUCCUGUUCUUUUGUCAUCUUUGCCCAACCUUGCUGUUGAACUUUCGGCCAUAAAUGAUGAAUUACUGUUUAGCAAGGAGAUCCUUGAGGUCCCGUUUGAUAAACUCAUUGUACUUCCAGAAGUUUCUGGUGGAUCAAACAUAAAUAUUUGCCUGAAGCAUCUGAACAUAAUUGAUCCAUUGAAGUGGAGUAAUAAUCUUGGCAGAAGCGUCAGCAAAGGAAGCUUUUACCGCAUAAGAGGUGCUUUCUCAUUUGGUGCACAAAAGCUGGGUCAAAUUCUCAUGUUACGUGCUGACCUUAUUCCUACUGAGAUCUUUGGAUUUUUUAUGAACACCUUGAAGAGACAUGGAAGAGGAGAAAGAUCAGACGUUGGUAAAAAUGAUUCCCCAGAAUUCUUGCUUGCUCCUGAAUAUGCACUUGGAAAAGAUGCACCAGUCUUGAACAAUUCCAACAGAAGUGAAGAUGAAAACAGAAGUCCGAAUCCGCACAGGACCUCAGAUAGCUAUUUCCCAGGUAAUGCUAAAGAUUGUCCCUGGAACAAAAUCAGGUUUACAAAUUCUGAUAUUCAAUAUUGCAACAUGGUUUCAGGAACCGGUUUCAAUAUCCAUUCAACAUAUUCCACAGGGAAUGGUAACGACAGCUUUAAACAGGGUUGCAAGGAUUGUUCUGCAGGGGAAGAUUUACCACCUGUUAUAUCAUUUAUGGAACAACAGAUUUAUGCGAACAAUAAACCACAUAUAUUGACUCCCUCUACUCGUACAAAUACUUUGGAUGUUCCCCAUUCUUGCGCAGCUGAGUCAAAUAGGAGUGAUCUCCAUGAACAGAAACUGAUACUUUCUCCUUGCUCAACAUCAAAUUUGUUGGAUCUAUCAGGGGAUCUGGAUUUGCACUUGGGAUGCCUUCGGAAAAUUCAGUACCACCUGGAGUCCAUGUUUGAUGGGUUGGUGCAGCUGAUUCAGGAAGCAUUUUUGUCUGGUGUGCUAGAUGAAGACUCCUUCAAGAUUCCAACGGAGAGCUACUUUUCAAAUACUGACGCAAGGCAUCCAGGGUUAUUAUCAGUUUCAUCUUCUAAAACUGAGAUAAGGAACUUAUCUCCAGUUUACUAUUCGCAUAGCACAGGAGAUAUUUGUCAUAAAUCACACACUGGGGACCAAGUGAAUGCAGUUUGUCAGCAGAAUGGUUCAUUACCCUCAGGAACACAUAUUACAUCGAACGGGUUGACAUUUUCUCCAUAUCCUACUGCUAUUUCAGAGAACUAUCCUGUUUAUAGGUUUCAUACCACACAGGAUCUUAGGACUUAUGGAACUGGCAUGCAAUCUCUCAAUAAUGCAUCAUUGUUUCUUGGAACAAAUGUACUAUCAAAUGCAUUGGGACAAUUUUCAUCUCCUGCUGACGGUUCAGAGAACCAUAACAUUUUUGGGUAUAAUAGCACAAGAAAUAAUCGUGUGACGCGUGGAACUGGCUCAUACAUUCCCCAGAUGAGUUAUGAUACUUACAAGGAGCGCAUAUUGUCUGAAAAAGGAAGAAGACAAAGAGAAAUAUUACCAAAUCGACUGUUCAAGAUUAAAACCAACCAAACUGGCCACCUUCAUCAGCACAACUCACAUGAAGUUGGAUGUUCUGAUGAAAGCAAUGGGGUUAUUACAGCUGAAAGUACAUAUCAUAUACCAACAAACCAAAAUAGUUCACAACAGGAUUACUCAGGCAAAAUUGUAGUUCCAGGUGAAGGAGGUUUUGCUCUGGAGAGUGCAUCAACAAAUCAUGCAACCGAACUGACACAAAUAAGCCAGCCAUGGAAUGUUCAUAACAAUCAACAUGGGUAUGUUUGCUCAGACAACAACAACAUGGUUGACAACCAAAAACCUGCUACCAGCGAAAGCCUUGUCAGACCUGACAAUGAAUCAAGGGAGCUACAGAUACUCCAUCCACCAGAAGUUCAAAUCUGCAAAGCUACAGCAUCACCUUGUAUAGUGCUUCCUCUUUGUGGCCACGACGGUCAAGGAAAUAUACAAGAAUCCAAUACAUGUCAGCCCUCCUCACCUGCAAUAGAGGUUUGUCAUCCAAUCAAAACAAAACUAGAUGAAAGUCUUCAGUUUGGAUCUUUCGGACCUAUCUCAUUUAGCGUUCCCUGUGCAAAGUUCAGAGCAGUAUUCCCAAUUCUGCCUUCUAUCAAGGGACCUGUAGAAACCCCAAUUUCAACUCUUGCGAGACCUCAGCCAACUGCAACAGAAAGCAGGUCAGAAGGAUUCUACCAACUGAAAGAUGAAGCUGACUUUCCUCCUCUCCAGGCUGGUUCUUGCUGAAACUUGCAUUAUAGGGUUGGAAGAUGAGGAAGCUUACUGGCUGAGAAAUAGGUUCUUCAGGAGGAAUCUGAUACCAUAAGAAAUUUUGAUGCGUUCAGCUUUGUGAAACUCCAUUAGUCCUUAUUCUGUAGGUUUGGUAACUCCGGGUAGAAUCCUUAAUUUUAAACAGAGCUAGUUCUUUUUUUCUGGGAAAACUAGUUCACCUUUAUAGCUUAUAUAACCCCAAAAAAGUAGGAAAAAAACCUAAAAUGCUAAAAAAAAAGGAACCCACCUAGUAGUGUUUAGGAUACAGUGUUUUAACUUUUUAAUAGAAGAAAAAGGAAACAGUGUUUAGGUGUAACACCUAUUGUUUUCUCUGUUCUUUAUGAUGAUUUA